UAUAAAAAUUAAUUUUGUUUUAAAUAAAUUAGUCUAAGAUUCAAUAUAACAAAAAGUUAAAAAAAUAUGGUCAAGAUUUAGUAGAAUUGAUCAUCAUAGUUGAUAUUAAAAUUAAAUAAUAGUUCUAAGCAUUCUGAAUAAAUAUCUCAAUGGUCACAACGAAAAAUAACGAACAGUUUUCGAGUUAUUUAGCAUUUUAUUGUUUAAACAAUUAUUAGAGAAGAGAUAUCGGUCAAAAAGUCAAUGAAUAAAUCAUAAUAGUCGUAUAAGUAAACGGCGUAAUUUUUGUAGUAUGUGAUGAAAUUCAUUCUUUUGAAUGAAAAUUUGGUGAAAAAUACACUUUUGGGAUGUUAUUUAAUUUUUAAAUAUAAAUAACUAUUUUAAAUAAAAAACUACAUGUUAUGAUUUAUAAAACAUGGCUUAUAAACCGAAAGCAAAAAAGUUGCCACAAAUGGUGGCAGCAUUAACAGGUUGUAUUGGAGGAUUCUGCUUGGGUACGGUAAUUGGGUGGUCAUCACCAGCUGGUAAACCACUUAAAAAAUUAGAUCUAAACGGAAAACAAGUAUCAUGGAUUGGAUGUAUAAAUUGUCUUGGUUCUGCAUUCUCAGUUUUACCAUUACCAUUUAUAAUGGAUAGAAUUGGACGAAGACUUUCUAUGAUGAUAAUUGCUGUUUUUUUAUGCCUCUCUUGGAUUAUGCUUGCUUUCGUAGAAACAUUUUGGCUUUUAAUAAUAGCUAGAUUCCUUUGUGGCUUCUUUAGUGGAUCAUUUUGUGUUGUGUCUCCCGUAUAUACAGGAGAAGUUGUCGAACCUCGAAUAAGAGGUGCUUUAGGAUCAUGUUUUCAAUUGUUUAUCGUAUUCGGAAUAUUUGUUUUAUUCGCUAUUGGUUUGACUGAAAAUCUCUUAGUAUUAAGUCUGUUUUCCGCUGUAUGUCCAGUAGUAAUGAUUGUUAUUCUAAUAUUUCUACCCGAUUCACCAUUGUUCUUAAUCGAUUCGGGAAAAGACGAGGAACGGAUUGAUAAAGCAUUUAUAUUUUUACGUGGGAAAGAUUAUGAUUUCACAGAAGAAAAAGUUGAAUUAGCCAAAGAAUUAAUUGAAGCGGAUGAAAGAAAAGCUGGAAACUUAAUGGAUAAAUUUAAAACUAAAGCGACUAAAAAAGGAUUUAUUAUUGGUUUGGGCUUAAAUAUCGCUCAACAGCUCUCUGGUAUUAAUGUUUUAAUGUAUUACGCUACGAAAAUAUUCGCAGAUUCUGGAACCGCAAUAACACCAGAAGUUUGUAGUGUAAUACUUGGUGUAGGACAAAUUGUUGGGACAUUGUUAGCUGUUGCUAUAUCAGAUCGUGCUGGAAGAAAGAUUUUACUAAUAAUAUCGUUUGCAGUGAUGGCCGUAUGUUUAUUAAUAAUGGGAUGUUAUAGUUUUUUUACAAGGAACGAAGAUUUAGACGACAUAUCAUCGGGAAUCCGUUUAAUUCCAGUUUUCGUUACGACCAUCUACGUUAUAGCAUUUUCAAUCGGUGCUGGGCCUUUAGUGUGGGCUUUAAUUGGUGAAAUGUUUGCACCAGAAGUGAAAGGUGUUGUAUCUUCGAUAUGCGCAUUUUCGAAUUGGAUGUUUGCAUUUAUAAUAACGUCCACAUAUACGUACAUGGAAGAUGUUUUCAAACCAUACGGUGCAUAUUGGUUUUAUUCAGCUGCUGGUUUCCUUUGCGUUGUAUUUAUUAUAUUUAUGGUGAUUGAAACGAAGAACAAGACUUUGAGAGAAAUUCAAAUUGCAUUAGGAGGUGAUGACACCACUAAAGAGUCAAUACAAUACAAUUAA